UGCAGUUCGAGCCCUUGUCGACUUAAGCCGACUCUUGACUAUGAGCAACUGUUGGCAGUUCAAUUUUAGGCGUUGCCCGAUUCGAACGUACAGAUCUACUCCGAUCGCGGUUUUUAUUAUUCAAAAUACAUCAAAGCUAUUGCUUCUUCCCUUUUUUUUUUGUCAGCAUCAGCAAAGUGCAUUAAUUUGCAGCAUACAUACAUAAAUUUCAUUUGAAUUGCAUUGACCCCGGUUUGGUUUGGUUAAGCUUUCGACUUUAACUGUGCUGCAUCAGCAGUGUAUCUUUGGAAGGAAUAUAUAAAAGAGGCGCAAUCAGCUUUAAAUAGCGGAAAGUAGCACCGUUUUACCAUGAGUCACAGCAUAAUUGGAUUGUUCUUGGUAUUGAUUGCCGCAACCAAUGCACUUAAGGUGCCUAUAACCAUCUAUUAUGAAUCACUCUGCCCGGACAGCGCUAAGUUCAUUACCGAGCAAGUCUAUCCAGCCGUUAAGGGUGAACUGAAAGACUACAUAGACAUCAAAUGGGUGCCUUUUGGCAAGUCACACUUUACAACGCAAGGUGCUGAUGUGCUCUUCGAUUGUCAUCACGGUCCAAAUGAAUGCUACGGCAACAAAGUGCAUGCCUGUGCCAUCGAACAUAUACAGGCCAACUCCUAUCAAAUUGAAUUCACUAGAGAAUCACUAACGUUGGACUUCAUCAACUGUAUGAUGAAGGCGGGCAAGAACUUUGAUGACAACGUUUAUCCAGGUGGACGCUGUGCACGUGACAAUCAUAUUAGCGGCUGGGAAAAUAUUCAGACAUGUGCCAACUCAACUGAAGGCAGCCAUUUGCUGAAGAAACAAGGCGAGGCCACAAAUCAAUUCCAAAAUCCAUUGACCAGCGUGCCAACAAUUGUUUUCAAACAGCAAUUUGAUGCCAAGGAGAACGAUCGCGCCAUGUCCAAUUUCCUGAGCGUUGCCUGCAAGUACAUUCAACAACCGCAGCCCAAAGUGUGUAUGGCGCUCAACUCCGCCGUUGGCACAACUGUCACGCCCAUUUUGGGUUUGUUGGCCUACAUGUUGGUGCGACUGUUCUAAGCUGGAAAAGCUUAUCGUAGCUGAUAAUGCCGCUGGAAGCGUGCAUCUCUAACUUCAGUGCACAUUUAAAAAUUCAACGGAAGUGGCGUUGAAAUGAAAUUUAAGAAUCGAUGUUUAUAUACUUUUUAUUUUUAUUUUUUUUGUUUAUUAAAGUGAUAAUCUUCCGUCCAUAAA